AUGGCUCGUACCAAGCAGACCGCUUGUAAAUCCACCGGAGGGAAAGCUCCCUGCAAAGCGCCCCAAGAGCGCACCGGCCACCGGCGGAGUGAAGAAGCCUCACCGCUACAGGCCCGGCACCAUGGCUCUCCGAGAGAUCCGACGCCACCAGAAAUUCACCGAGCUGCUCAUCCGCAAGCUGCCCUUCUAGCGCCUCAUCCGAGAGAUCACCCAGGACUUCAAGACCGACCUGCGCUUCCAGAGCUCCGCCGUCAUGGCUCUGCAGGAGGCCGCAGAGGCUUAUCUCGUCAGACUCCUAGAGGACACCAACCUCUGUGCCAUCCACGCCAAGAGGGUCACCAUCAUGCCCAAAGACAUCCAGCUGGCAUGCCGCAUCCACGGAGACCCCACAACAGCCAUUCCACACAACCAACGGAUAAAAUUGAAAACAUUAACACUAACAAAGUCAUUUCUAACUCUGCCCCAAAUUACAUCACCAAUCUGGUCUCCAAAUAUCACCCAAACCGUCCUCUCCGCUCCUCGCACGACCUCCUGCUCUCUAGCUCCCUUGUCUCCUCUUCCCAUGCUCAUCUCCAGGACUUCUCAAGAGCUUCCCCCAUCCUCUGGAACUCUCUACCCCAAUUUAUCAGACUGUCGCCUACUCUGCUCACUUUUAGGCGAUCUCUGAAAACCUCUCUUCAGGGAAGCCUAUCCUGCCCUCAGCUAAUAAUGGAAUCUUCUACUCUUCCAACCAGUCCAUCCCCCCAGUUACUACCUUUUGUACCACUAGCCCCUCCCUCUUAG